CUUGUCCCGCCUCGCGGAGAAGGAGGAGUUGUGGUGGCGCCAAUGAACUCACAGCCUGGAGAAGAGGUUGGCUGAAUGGCAGCCAGUGUCGGGGCGCCUCUAUGGGAAUAGCGAGCUCCGGGGUUCAGCCGCUCACUCAAGCCUGUGGCAAGGGAGCGGGUUCGAGAGGCGGGCGGAAGCCGAGGGCGGCGCGGGAGGCCCUGGUGCCAGAGCUCUCUUUGGGGACCGGAAGCCUGGAGCACAGCUACUGGAGGGAGCGGGGGCUGAGACUCUAACCAGGUACCGGCCCUGAGAAGGCUCAGACCCCAAAUGGCGCAGUGGGAGAUGCUGCAGAAUCUUGACAGCCCAUUUCAGGAUCAGCUGCACCAGCUCUAUUCAAAUAGCCUCCUGCCGGUGGACAUUCGACAGAACUUGUCUGUCUGGAUUGAAGAUCAGAACUGGCAGGAAGCUGCACUGGGCAAUGAUGAGGCCAAGGCUAAUAUGCUGUUCUUCCACUUCUUGGACCAACUGAACUAUGAGUGUAGCCGCUGCAGCCAGGACCCUGAGUGUUUGUUGCUACAGCACAACUUGCGAAAAUUCUAUCGGGACAUUCAGGCCUUUCCCCAGGGUGCUACCCAAUUGGCUGAGAUGAUCUUUAAUCUCCUUCUGGAAGAAAAAAGAAUUCUGACCCAGGCUCAGAGGGCUCAGUUGGAGCAAGGAGAACCAGCCCUUGCAGCACCUGGGGAGAGCCAGCAGCAUGAGAUUGAAUCCCGGAUCCUGGAAUUAAAGGCUAUGAUGGAGAAGCUGGUGAAAUCCAUCAGCCAACUGAAAGACCAGCAGGAUGUCUUCUGCUUCCGAUAUAAGAUCCAGACCUCAGCAAGGACACCCUCUUUGGACCCCCAUCAGACCAGACAGCAGGACAUUCUGCAGGAAACGCUCAAUGAACUGGACAGAAGGAGAAAGGAGGUGCUAGAUGCCUCCAAAGCACUGCUAGGCCGAUUAACUACCCUAAUUGAGCUACUGCUGCCCAAGUUGGAGGAGUGGAAAGUUCAGCAGCAGAAAGCCUGCAUUGGAGGUCCCCCGGAUGGAGGGUUGGAGCAGUUGGAGAAGUGGUUCACAGCUGGAGCAAAGCUGUUGUUUCAUCUGCGGCAGCUGCUGAAGGAGCUAAAGGGAUUGAGUCACAUGGUCACCUAUCAGGGGGACCCUCUGAUCGAAGGGGUGGAUCUGCGGAAGGCCCAGGUCACAGAGCUGCUACUUCGCCUGCUCCACAGAGCCUUUGUAGUAGAAACCCAGCCCUGCAUGCCCCAAACUCCCCAUCGACCCCUCAUCCUCAAGACUGGGAGCAAGUUCACCGUCCGAACAAGGCUGCUGGUGAGACUCCAGGAAGGCAAUGAGUCACUGACUGCAGAAGUCUCCAUUGACAGAAAUCCUCCUGAAUCACAAGGCUUCCGGAAGUUCAACAUUCUGACCUCAAACCAGAAAACUUUGACUCCUGAGAAAGGGCAGAGUCAGGGCUUAAUUUGGGACUUCGGCUACCUGACACUGAUGGAGCAGCGUUCAGGUAGUUCAGGAAAGGGCAGCAAUAAGGGGCUGCUAGCCGUGACAGAGGAACUGCACAUUAUCAGCUUCACAGUCAGAUACACCUACCAGGGUCUGAAGCAGGAACUGAAAACAGACACCCUUCCUGUGGUGAUUAUUUCUAACAUGAACCAACUCUCAAUCGCCUGGGCCUCGGUUCUCUGGUUCAAUCUGCUCAGCUCAGACCCCCAGAAUCAGCAGUUCUUCUCCAGCCCCGCCAAGGCCCCCUGGGACUUGCUGGGCCCUGCUCUCAGUUGGCAGUUCUCCUCCUACGUUGGCCGAGGCCUCGACUCAGACCAGCUUGGCAUGCUGCGGGACAAGCUGUUUGGGCAGAACUCCAAGACUGAGGGUGCCUUGUUGUCCUGGGUCAAUUUCAUUAAGCGAGAGAGCCCCCCUGGCAAGCUACCAUUCUGGACAUGGCUCGACAAAAUUCUGGACCUGGUACAUGACCACCUGAAGGAUCUCUGGAACGAUGGACACAUCAUGGGCUUUGUAAGCCGGAGCCAGGAGCGCCGGCUGCUGAAGAAGACCAUCUCUGGCACCUUUCUGCUGCGCUUCAGUGAAACAUUGGAAGGGGGCAUUACCUGCUCCUGGGUGGAACACCAAGAUGAUGAUAAGGUGCUCAUCUACUCUGUGCAGCCCUUCACCAAGGAGGUGCUGCAGUCACUCCCGCUGGCCAAAAUCAUCAGCCAGUACCAGCUGCUCACUGAGGAGAACAUACCUGAGAACCCACUGUGCUUCCUCUACCCACGAAUCCCCCGGGAUGAGGCUUUUGGGUGCUAUUCCCAGGAGAAAGUUAAUCUCCAGGAACGGAAGAAAUACCUGAAACAUAAGCUCAUUGUGGUCUCUAACAGACAGGUGGAUGAGCUGCAACAACUGCCGGAGCUUAAGCUAGAGCCAGAACUGGAGUCAUUCGAGCUGGAUCUGGGGCUGGCACCAGGGCCAGAGCCAGGGCCGGGCCUGGACUUAGAGCCACUGCUGGAGGCAGGGCUGGAUUUGGGGCCAGCACUGGAGUCCACUCUGGAGCCCACUCUGGAGCCCGUGAUGGAGUCUACUCUGGAGCCCGUGCUGGAGUCCACUCUGGAGCCUGUGCUGGAGUCCACUCUGGAGUCUGUGCUGGAGUCCACUCUGGAGCCUGUGCUGGAGUCCACUCUGGAGCCCACACUGGAGUCCACUCUGGAGCCCGUGCUGGAGCCCACACUAGGCGAGGUGUCACAGAGAGUCCCAGAGCCAGACCUGGGACCAGGACUGAAGCUGGAGCCUAUUCCAGAGCCUAUUUCACAGCCACUGCCAGAGCCGGAUUUGCCCCAUGAUCUGAGACACUUGAACACUGAGGACAUGGAAAUCUUCAGAAACAGCAUGAAGAUUGAAGAAAUCAUGCCAAAUGGUGACCCACUGUUGGCUGGCCAGAACACCAUGGAUGAAGCUUACGUCUUCCCUCGCAGCCAUUUCUACACAGAUGGGCCCUUGAUUCCUUCUGACUACUAGAAACUACAUUUUCUCUGUUCUUUCCAUAUAUUUUGCCCCUCCUACCUCUCACAUCAUGAUGUUGCUCUCCAAGGAUGGGAAAUCAGGCAUGUGCUCCUUCUAAACUGGGUUAACCGUGGGAUUUGGAGUGAGAGGUAGAAGCACAAUACGGGUAAGGAACAGUCACCAAUGAAUCAGAACAGAUGUUACCCAUAGCUCCAGCUAGGAGCCUGGAGGCUGCCUGCUGUGCUGGGAGGUAUAGGAAUUUGAGAGCAGGCCAGAACAGUUAGGAGGUACUUGGAGGGCUCAGGGCAGUGGCUUCUUUCCAAUAUGGAAGGCUUUCAACAUUUUAGUAGCUGAUAAGACUAACCUGGUGCCUACUUCAUCUUCCUGGAGUGCCCUUUCUGCUCAAAACGGCUCUGACUUCUGAUCCUGCAGUGAUUCAGAACUCCUGUCUUUGGCCAAAUACAGUCUCGGCCAGGAAAGCAGGGAAGGAAGCCCUGGGUCAGGGAGCAAAAGAGGGCCACACUUAGGACCCCCACUUCCUAAUCACAGUCCCUUGUAAUCUCAUUCAGCUUGCUUAGCCAUGUACGGAUUAAGGCCAAAAAGAUCACAGUUACUCUAUAUACCAAGGGGUCAUGAGGAAAGAUCCCUCUCCACCAUAGCCCUGCAGAGUAGAAGGAUGCAUUUUGUAGUCCUUUGGCCCUGUUUUUACGUUCUGUUUCUUUUUACUAACAAGCCUAGAAAUUAGACUUAGAUAUCCACAUAAAUAAGUCUUUAUUGAAAAAAGUGCAUAAUUCAGUAUAAAUAUAAUAAAUAAUCCUCCUCCCCAAACUGCUGCCACGACGAUAAAUAAUCCCAAAAUUUCCCUUCCCGUGUAAUAAAUAUCCAACCUGUUCUAGGUCAGCAUCAUAAGUCAGUUUUGGUAAUUUUUCAACAGAGCAAGUCCUGUUAAAAUGAAUGGACUGAUUAACUUGUUGGCUCACAGGUGUCUAGGCUGAUAAAUUCAUCUUAGCAUUGCUGAGCCGUGGAGGUCUGGGUGCCAUCCUUAAGCUGCUGGCUUAGGGGCUCAGAGUUGCUGCUCCAUGGGCAAAGACCCUGGCAGCUACAGCCACAAAGGCCUGGAGGCUGCGAAGGAUCUUGAGGCGGAGAAGGAGGCGCUGCCACGGCUGGCUGGGACUGGGACUUGGAGUCUGCUCAAUCUCCCAGUGGUGACCCUCGGGCUGAAAGGACACAGGACACAAUCAGAGAGGACUCUAGAUCCUUCACUCUCCCGCCAGGCCCUGUCUCUGACACCUGCAAGCCCCACUUCUCCAGGCCCCUAGUUCAUACCUGCAAGAGUUCCCUGAGGCCCAGUAGGGAGGCAUGAAGCUGGCCCACAGGGCCAUCGAGGACUAGAGAAGGCUCCCCUGUGAAAAUAUCUGAGCCCAGCAGCUUCUCGUAAAAAACCAAGCCUUGGUGGAUCCUUUGCAAGCAGGACUGGGGAGAAAAGAAAGCAGUGAAAGAAAACAGAUACAGGGACUUCCCUGGUGGUCCAGUGGUUAAGACUCCGUGCUUCCACUGUAGGGGGCAUGGGUUUGAUCCCGGGUUGGGGAACUAAGAUCCCGCAUGCCACUCAGUGCAGCCAAAAAGAACAUCAAAAACAAAAAAAGAGGGAGAGGAAGAAAGAAAAAGAAAAAAGGAAGGAAGGAAAGAAAAAAAGGGGAAAGCAAAGAGUGAGAAGAAGGAAGGAAGGAAAGAAAAGAGAAAGUAAAGGAAAAGAAAAAGAAAAGACAGAUACCUUCUAAUUACUCCACCAAAGACCCAUCUGAUACUUGCCAUUCUUAGAAACGGCUGUGAUACGAAUGUUUGUGUCCCCAGAAAAUUCAUAUUUUGAUAUCCUGAUCCCCGUGUGACUGUAUUAGGAAGUGGGACCCUUGGGAGGUUAUUAGGUCAUGAGGAUGGAGCCCUCAAGAAUGGGAUUAUUGCUCUUAUAAAGGAGACCCACAGAACUCCUUAAUCAAUUCCACAAUGUGAGGAGACAAGAAGUCUGCAACCUGAAGAG